AUGGGUUGCCACGCCUCCAAACUUCACUCGGAUUACGACUAUCCCCCGCCCAUGCGCCAGUCUAAACGCAACAAGCGACAUCAUUAUGGUGGUGGUGGUGGCGGCGGAUAUGCAUACGCGCCUACAUAUACGGGUGGAGGGUGGUUUGGUGGGGGUGAUGGUGGAGGUGGAGGUGGAGGAGGGUGCGGAGGUGACGGAGGAGGUGGUGGUGGUGGGGGUGGGGGAUGUUAA